AAAUUACUUUCAAAUGUGGAAGAACAGCUGCAGAUCUUCACCUACAAAUCACGUUAAAAUGUUUAGCAUUUUUGCUUUAAAAGGAACAUCAACAAUAAACAAAAUACUUGUAGAUUAAUUUACCGUCAGUCAGCAAAUCGUUUUAGCCCAUUCGUAUCAUUUGAUCACAUCCUACAGCAGCGACACUCAAAAAAAGGAAAUUAGCUGGUUAAUACAUUUAAAAAAAAGCGCAACAUGUAAUUUCAUCAGUACAAUUUUAUGUUUUCACCGUGUAUAUGAUUAAAUCACGUAGGAUUUGCAUGAAACUAAGCCAGUUAAUAUUUGUUUAUUUCAGUCAAGUAGAUGUAACUCGAUACAAUCAAGCUAGACUGGUACGCACAGUACGUACUUCGCUGGCAGAUGACCUCGCGAUACCUCACGCGAGAUCACCUGGUAUGACAUGACGGAGAGUAACAGGGCAAUGCAGAAAAAGGCGCCGUUGGUGUUCGUUUAAAAAAGUUGUGGCCUGUCGUUUGACUGGGUGUUACAGCAACCAUGUGUGAGGUCAUAGGUCAUCUUGUGUUCUCCGUGACUCCAUUCAGUCUCCUGUUGUUUAAAGCAUCUCUCUGCCUUCUUUUGCUGGUAGAGGUAGGGGUUGGCCAUCACCAACAAACAUCAGUCUGCCCUUCAGCCAAGUCAGAGCCAGCUGACAAAGGACAUCAUUGGUCAUCAUCAAAGCUGGAUAUUCACUCAAAUCUGAUGAAGGCGUUUGCCAAGAAAGGCGGUGCACAAAGGAGAAAAAUAAAGACCAUCAUGGCACCCAUAAUCCAGGCUGACACUGUCUGCGUUAGAAGAGAAUGCAUCCCCAAAGGCCUUUGCAUGUACCCAAAUGAAGACCCAGAGAAGCUGGUGAAGGAACACCUGGAUGUUGACAUCAUUCAAAUGGCCUUAGCAGUCUCUGCUAAGGCCAUAGGAGCUUUUGUUGUUCGGCAUGAAGAUGCAGAGCCUGGUGGUGUUGCUGAGAAUGUUGGCAUUGUUCUGGAUCGGGUGGAAGUGAUGGCUCUCCGUUUCAGAAACAACACAUCCACACGACAUAAAGCAGACCUCACCUCUACGACUCUGCACUGAAGACGCAGGGAAACAUGACAGCGAGGAAGGCGGAGAGAGAAAAAGAAAAGAGUGAGUGAUCCUCAUGCACAGUGAAGGUUAAAAGUUCAUUCAGAAACAGGUGAAGCAGAGGAGAACAGAGACACCUGCACAAACACAUCAGCCAAUUCUGUGAGGAAAGAAACACUGAGGGACGUGUGAAAGUUUGCACCAAGCAUAGACUUCCUGUAUUUCUCGGGAGCUUAGUUCAUAACUGAAAUCUUUAAAACAUGAAGUGGUUUUUUCCUCAUUCUGUGAAAUAUUUGGUCAAGCAAAAGCUCCGUACAAGAUAUUCUUUUGACCUCUAAACUCCAAACACUUGGACAAUUACUGAUUUUUUUUUAAAUAGCAGCUUGUGGUCUUCUAUGUUUACAUUCACUUUAUGAAAUAUACAUGUUUAUAUUGUUUGACUGAAUUUAAAAUGAUUUUUGAUUACUUGCUUUCAUUUUGUUUUUAACUAAUACUUUUUGGCUUCUGAUGCUCAAAUUUUGGUUGUACCACUGCAAUAUAGGAGUGUAAGACCCACUACAAAAGCAGCAACACCCCAAGUAUUAACAUAUGCAUAUUAAAUACACACACACACACACACGCAGAUAUUUUAAAUCCUUUUUGCAUUUACAGUAUCUGCAUUUCAAUGCAAUAGGAAACCCCUCUUCAAUAUUGUCCCAAUUUGGUAAAAACUUCAGAGAGAUCAGGAAAUAUUUCUGAGAUGAAGAUGACUGACUUGUGAGGACUGACACCUUUUAAGACAUAGUUUGAUUCUGACUUGACUAUUUCAAGAAGGUUUCAAGUCUGCAUUAUUGUAAAUUUGCUUUCAGAGUGAGCUGAAAACAAACAGAUGCUGGACAGAUAAAGAAAGCUCUGCACAGCGGUGGAGCGUGUAGUUUAAGUGUGAUCUGUAAGGGGGAUGCAGAAAACAGAAGCAGGUGACGAGUUCACGUGGAGUGUGUUUGUGUACAGGUGUGUGAGUGCAGGGUGACAUGUGUACGUACUGAUCUGGUUCAAUGUUUCCUGAGGGAUCCAGCUUAGGUCGACAUCAUUGUGGCUCGAAGUUCCCAUUUCCACCUUUGGAGCUGGACGUCUCCUCUGCAAGCACACACACGCACGCACACACAUUAGUUUAACUGCAUAAACUAAUGAUGAUUUAUCUGAUCUACAAAAUAUCAAAGGCAGUGGAAAAAUUCCCAGAUCCCAACAUUUUUUCAGAGCUCAAGAAAACAUCCUCAAGUCUUGCUUUGUCCAACUUAAAAGCAAAUUCACAAUUUUAAAAAAGUUGGAGUCAGUUUUUCUUUUUUGAAAGUUUUGUUGCAUUCCUGAAUAAAUGACUUUAAAGCUGUCAAACUCAGAGACAUGUGACACUAAAUAUGUUAAAGGCCGACUGGGAUUUCUGAAUACUAUGAUUUGUCCAUACCUUUCUGGACUCCAGCAGCUGAUGAAGGCCUACGAUGACAAGCAGCCCAAGCCCUGACAGGAAGACAUACAUGAAGAUCCUGGAAGAGGAGGAGGAGGGAAAGGAACGAAUUAAUCAUCAAGAGGCAGAAAAAAAAGAUGGAAUCACUGUUUUACACAAAUAAGUAUGCAGACACGCAAAACACCAGUAAACGUUAAGUCCACUUACGUCUCCCCAUCCAGCCCAUCCUCUUUCUCAGUUAUGGUGACUGUCUGGUUGAACACUGCAUCCUGGAAAAUGUUUCCCUGCAAGAGAGGAAAAACGAAAUAAAAAGCAAAGAAAAAAAACAUUACAGAGGACCGACAGCAUGUGGGAUCAGUUAGCAAAAUUUCGAUUUAAAUUAGCUAUUAUGUGAUCAAAGUAAAGGUGAAAAAGUCUUUGAAUCUGACCAGGUAUCUGUUCACUUGACAUUUUGAUACUUUAUGCUGCAGACACAUUUCAGACCAUCAAGAUGAUGACAGCAUGGCAAUAAAAAUCUGAAUAUGACUGAGCCCAGAAACUGAUAUCAGUAGAGGGUCUGAAUCAUAACUCAGUAGGUGGGUUUCUCCUUACACUGCUGUCUUUGUAAUUAAGGUUGAUGAC